AUGGUCACACGACAGCAUCUGAAGGCCAGUUUACACCAAGCUGACCGGAUUAACGCCAGUCUGGGGUGCGGUAUCAGACGGGAACGACCGCUCAAUGACUGGGAUCAGCAUCUAUCUAUUAAUCAGGCCUCAGUGAUUCAAAGAAGCAUCGGCAUGAAGCUCCCUCAUAACCUCAUCUUACUCCUCGGAUCGACCUCCGUCGCAUGGGGUAUUCUGCUUCCCGCCCCAGGCGCCAGCGAGGAAGAAUGCGGACGUCUAGGAAUCAUGUAUUAUGAUCCGGACGAUCUCCCCGAGGGCGUAACUCCCGAAGAUGUACGCCAUUGUGAAGCUCAUCCUUUGAGCGCCCAGAACUACUGGGGUUGGGGCGACCAUUUGCCCCGGUGGUUGUUCCCUUAA